UUUAAAAAACAGAUAAGUAUUGACGUAAACAUGACCAAGAACAAUUUUCUCUUUAGGGUUUUUAUUUAGACAUUAACACAAUGGAACUCAAACUAUUAUUAAUUUAACUGCUCAGCAUCACAUGCCUCUUUAAAUCGCGUUGGAGACAGGACUUGGUUGAUAUAUGUUAUCUCUGUAACGCUAGCUUGCUAAUCGUUAGCAAACAAUGGCCAUGGUUUUUCACACUCAAAUAGCCUCCAUCAUGGAGGUGCUAGCGAAUGCAGCCGUGGCAGAGGUCUGUAAACUCGUGGAUGACGACUAUGCAGUGUUUCGUUUGGAAAUAACUCAAAGCCAGAAAGAAAACAGGGGAUUGCGGAGGAAACUACAGCUGCUGGAGCUGAAGGUGUCACGGGAGCGCGCCGAGAAGACAACGCGAGAGCGCGCACACUCCAGUCGUCCCAGUAGUGUCAAGAUCCUCGACCGAUACAGAGGAAUGGAAAGAGGACAUCUCACUGGAGGCCACAGGAGCUUUGUGAAGCCAGUGGGACACAAUACAUGGAGAGAUGACCAACCAAUCACUGUUGAUGAGGGGAGUGGAACCUCAACCCAAAAUGUUAUUGUGAUAGAGGAUGCAGACGCAGAGGCUGCAAGUCCUGGAGGAUCGUCCCUGGUCAAGCAGGAAAGGACUGAAGAAGAGGAUCCACGACACAGCAUCGCGGAGGAGGAGGAGGGCCCAGAGGGGCUGCUAGUGAAGGAGGAGGGGUGUGAGGAGGGUCUGGGGAACACUGAGGGGAUCAUGGUCAUCGAUGACAACCAGACUUCACCUCUUCCUGAACCCGCAGAGGAACAAGCUGAGCAGCACAGGAACACACACCGUCUCACUGAGUCAGUAGACAUGGAGGAUGGAAAGCCUGAUCUGCUGCUGGUCAAAGAGGAGACGAUAGAGGACGGACCAGAGAGCAUUGAUCUGCUGAGUGGACUAAAGAUGGGGGAGCAAAGUGCUUGGCUGGAGGCUAACAGGGGAGACUGGGUGGCCAUCUUGGAUUCCCAGACCCAGACGGGUGCAGUCAAUGGCCCGGGGGACGACAUCACUGAGCAGGCCAGGACCAGAGGCGACAUAGUGGAGGUCAGUGGAUGGGACAGCGUCUUCAACUCUGGGCUGCGGAAGAACAAUGUUAACAGGAAACAGACUGUCGAACACAAAACAACAGCUGAACUUAGUCUCCAUGACAACAGACUGGCUGAGACCAGGACGAGGCGUAGAUUUGGUCUGCGUGGACGGGGAGGUUUCGGUAUGCGGCUGGAGAGAGAAGAGACUGACUCGACUAGCGAUGCUCCGUCCUGCUCCUAUAGUUGUGAGUCAGAGAGAUUGAUGGUGCCUCAGGUUAACCCCCUAACAGGUGCUGCCUUCAGCCUGCCUUCUAUAGGAUCUAUCAACUGGAACAUGGACCCUGCGACAACACAGACACUCCCUGGCAUUCAUCCUCCUCACACUCUCCUUAUGUUAAAUCAGACCUCAGACAAUGCCUGUGCCUCAACACUAAAGGGCUACACAAGCCCAUUGACAAAUGACAGUAGUAGAGAUGGAAUCAGUAAAGGUGGCGGCGCCAAAGAGAAGCGCUUCCCGUGUUCGUUCUGUGGGAAAGCCUUCCGUUUGCCCAAACAGGUGGAGAUCCACCAGAGGAUGCACACAGGGGAGAAACCAUUCGGCUGCCACCUGUGCCGGGCCAGUUUUUCAGACUCGUCCAACUUGAAGAGGCACCAGAGGGUCCAUACAGGGGAGAAACCCUACAGCUGCCCCCAGUGUGAGAAGAGGUUCUCCCGCCAGCACCAUAUGAAGAUGCACCUGAAAGUCCACACGGGAGAGAGACCUUUCACCUGUACACACUGUGGGAAGAGGUUCUCAGAGAGGAGCUAUCUCAGGAUACACCAGCAGAAAAUGCACACGGCCCAUGUAUAGUGUAAUGUAGUAUAUUUAAUGUAGUUUUAGUCAGUUUGUAGUUAAUUCUGUUGGUUUUGGAUGUAGUAGGGAACAGGAUGAGAACUGAAGAAAUAAUGAGUAUGAUGAGACAGAGAAGAUCAGGGGUUAUCAACAGGAUGGGCGGCCCCCUAAUCCUGCCUAAUGAGUGGGCAGGCCAUGCCUAUAGCAUAUCAUAAUUGCAUCAAUGAUUUAUAUAUCAAUGGUCAUAACAAACUUUGAACACCGUUACAUCAAAAUGGAUGUAGAGGACAUGACAAAUAAACUCAAAAGGUGGGAAUAUUUACAGGUUGUUCAGGAGGUAAAGGGAAAGUGGAAUAAAUGUGACUAGUUAUGGAAAAUAUUGGAGAUCAAAAAGGAGUUAAGAAGCCAGCACUGCUUGUAUAUUAUGUGUAAUAAAGUAUAAGCAUACUAGA